UAUCCAUCGUCUUGAUACUGAAGGCGACAAUAGAAGGCUGCUUAAUUACCAAGAAUUGAAUGAAUCUAAAGAAAACGAUCUCCUUCCUCCCUCCCACCCCCAACCGCCCCAAAGUUUGGCGAAAUAGAAAGAGAACGCACAAUGUACGAGAGCGAAAUAAAAUAGUUAUUUUCCUUCUUCCGAUAACACACAACGAACGGCAAACAAAACAAAGCCGAUUUUCCGAAGUUUUCCGAAGCUAGUAAAGAGAGACAGUGGGGUGAUAGGAAAAAAAGUUCAACAAGCAGAAAAAAAAUGGUAGUUAAAAAUGUCGCCAAACCGUUGGAUGAAAAAUCACACAAAAUUUUGAGUCAUCCAUUUCGCACUACACCAGCUGAUGUGUGUGUGUAUUUUUUUUAAUUCGUCUACUUUAUUCCUACACUAUCGGCACGCUCAUCGGGUGGGCACCCGACAUGAACACCAUCCAAAACACGCGGACCUACGAGCAAAAAAAAAAAAAGGGAGCACUCCACGGACCGGGUGAAUCGAGUCGGACGAUCAGUCGUCGCGAAUACUCGCCACCAGCAGUAACUGUUUUGCGCCGAGAGACCGAGUGUCGUUGUCCCCCGAACUAUCCCCCCGAUUCCCGAGCCCCUCCACCACCAACCCGUUUAGCCCCAGUGUACACACACACACACACGCAAACAUUUAUACACAGUAAACGUUCCACGUUUGCUUGCCACGUGGGUGAGGUAGUAUGGUUGCAGUGUGAGUGGGUUUUUUUCUUCUAUUUUUUGUUUUCAUUCACACCCCCCGAACGGGUGGUGAAGAUUUUUGUAACCGUUGUUUGUGGCCCCUAGACCACGGUCCGGGACAGUAGUGAACGAUCCAUCUAGCGGACAGGAGCCAGACAGAGCCAACCAAUCGUCGUUGUUUUGAAGUUGCGUCCAUGGAGUUUGCGGACGAAAAAGGCAAAAUAAUGUUCGUUCGCGAACACCACAUUUAAUUAGCAGUUUCGUUUUAGUGUGUUUUGGAAUUUUCCGAACGUUUAGAAAUGUAAUGUUUUCAGUGUGAUGUGUGUGAUGGAACUGUAAGUGAAUGUGAUCGUUACAAAAGAAGAUAUUAGUGUGCAAGGUUAGUGUACGGAAUGUUUGCUGAAAAUAAUUAAACAGUAAAUAUACAUUUAAAGCAGAGAUACUAUUUUUAGGCGUAAAUUAAUAAAUGAUAAAACAAAUAUAAUAAUGUGCGGAAAAGUUGGAAGAUCUUAUACAAACACAUUUAGACAUCUUUAUCUGCAAUAAUUCUUCCUGUCAUCUGUCAAACAUUUGUUUAGUGUUCGUGUGUGCGAGAUAAACUGUCAAACAGUGCUGUCAGUUUCCGUUAAGUAAUCUCUGGACGACCAUUGUUGGUGAUCCUUAUCGAAUUAGGAGUGUUCGUGUGAGUUUUGGUUUAGUUCAAUAUUUAAUUGCUUCGUGAUGACUUUCGUCGUAUCAAGUGAAAAUUAAAUAAAAAAAACUGACAAUAACCAAAACAUCAACCUUCAUUCGUCGCAGUACAUCAGGAUGCGGUCCAAGUCUGUCGCACGACGAUUCGCUCAAGGCAUCAGUGGCGACGAAUCGGACGCAUCCCGUGGACUACCCGUCAAUCUAGAAGUACCUCCAGGGCUGCAGGUGGUACCGAUGAGCAAACACCACGAUCACGGACCGGCUGACUUUAGCUUACCAACAUCGCUGCAUCAUCAUCUUCUACCCACAGCGGAUGAUGUUCGCGAGCGGCUAAAGGUAGGUUCAGUAACGAACCUCAAGAAAACAUUAGACUGAGUUCUUACUAAAAGCCAUCUCCUCCUUCACUAGCUUCAGAGUGCGGAACAGUUCCUUUUACAGAUGGCGCGACUACAGCGUCCGCC